CCCCGCUCCGCCUCCCCCAUCCCCCCUCUCCCCCCUCUAGAAGACUCGUCGCCGCGGCCGCCAUUCCCGUCCGCCUCCUCCUCCCCCCCUCCAGUAAACCCUAGCCGCCGAACCCCCAGCCCCCCGCGCCAGCGCCCGAAUCCGUCGCCCCGCUCGACCCAGGGCUCGCCGAUUCCGGGCCGGCCCGCCGUGGGCUCUCCGUUUCCGCCGAUUUUUUCUUUCCGGGCAAACAUUUUUUCCGGGGGGAUUUCCGCCUUCAUCCGGUGGAGACAUGGGGAGCCGGAGGGAGGAGGAGAGGAACGAGAAGAUCAUCCGCGGCCUCAUGAAGCUGCCGCCCAACCGCAAGUGCAUCAACUGCAACAGUGUGGGGCCACAAUAUGUAUGCACCAAUUUCUGGACCUUUACAUGCUUGUCAUGUAGUGGGAUACACCGUGAGUUCACUCACCGUGUUAAAUCAGUGUCAAUGUCUAAAUUCACUACCCAAGAAGUGCGGGCUCUUGAACAGGGUGGUAACCAGCGAGCACGUGAUAUCUACCUAAAAGAUUGGGAUUGGCAGCGAAUGAGAUUGCCUGACAACAGCAAACCAGAUAGGAUAAGGGAAUUUAUCAGAACUGUUUAUGUAGACAAGAAGUAUGCUGGUGCGAAGUCCACCGACAAACCAGCCACUGAUAGUGAGAGUGUAAAGGGCAAUGAAAGUGAAACAAGAAGACCUGACUCCUAUCAUUCAUACUCGCAAAGCCCACCUUAUGAUUUUCAGUAUGAGGAUAGACGAUAUGGUAAGCAAGUUAACACGCUUGCUCGGAGGCCUUCGGAUAGGGCACUCUUUGAUGGGAAACUCGGCAGCCUAUUGUACAGUCCUGGUCGUUCCAAGGAUCAGAUGCAUGAAGAUCGAUUUGCUAAUGAGAGUCACGGAUCAAGAUUUUCUGACUUUUCAGCCUCAAGCACCAGUGACUUUAGAAACGAUGUGCUUUCUCCUAGCUCUCAGGAUACAGGGUACAGCAGCCCUUCUGUUCACCAUUCAAGAAAUGUAUCAGCUGAAAAUCCUCAAUCCCAAAGACAUCCAAAUGCAGUUUCACAAAUAGACUCUAAUGGAGGUCGUCGUUCACAGCGAACAGCUUCUUCUGGGAGUUUUGGAUCGUUUGAUGGUAGCUCACCAUCUAAUAAAUCAGUUGAUUCAGGUGUCCUACCUGAUGCACCUACAGAAAGGCCAGUGCCCUCUGCUGCAAACUGUCAGAGUGGGGCAUCUUCUGUAGCUCAUUCUACACAACCGUAUGCCUUGCAGCAGAGUGCGAAUUCUUCAGCCAGCCAAAUUGCCCCCCAAGAAUCUCUGCGGCAUUUGCCUGUUUCAGCCCAAUCACAACCACAACCAACGGCUUUCACUAAUCAAGACCUCUUUGACAUGUCAACAUUGCCGCAACCUGUUGUUUAUGCUCCACCAAUAGAUUUGUUUGCCGGCUUUAAUCAACAGACUGCAUCAGUUCCUAAUGGUCAUUCUGAUGUUGUUAAAGAAGCUGUGCAUAAUGCUGUGGUUCAGAAGGUUGUCACGACUUCAUCGUCUGUAUCAGCAGAAGCAGUCCCCACAUCUCAUCCUGUGCACCAAGAUCUCUUCAGUCUGUCAAUAGCGCAGGACCCAGCAACUUCCUCUUCCCCUCCGUCAGUGGAUCUGUUUGCUGGCUUUGACCAACAGCUGCCACCUACGUCUAGUGUUCAUCAUAUUACACCAGCAGCUCCAUUGCCUGCUAAUGAAGGGUGGGCAUUCUUCGACACACCUCAAUAUGGUUCGUCAACUUCUGUUUCAAAUGUGCAAGCUCAGGUGCCUGCUGCAUUGCCAAGUGUUGUUGCCAAAGCAAUUGAUCGAUCAACAUUGCCAAAUUCACCACCAAGUGCCAUCAUGUCGCAAACAUCUCCGCCUACUAUGGACCAGUGGAGUUUAAAUGCUGAAGAGGUGAAAAUCCCUGUCUCCAAGGAAAACUCCCAGGACUGGAAUGCCUUUGGUGAAUCCACUGGGAACAUGCCUAAUAAUGUGUUUGCAUUCAAUGAUAUGCCUCAAGUAGCACCUCAUCAAUUUGCCAUACCCAGUGUUCCAUACAUGGAAUCCAGAACUUUGCAGGACUUGGUUAGGGGUGAGCCUGAAAGGUCAACUCCUGGGGAUAUAUUCCCUGGCUUCAAUGUCUCUCCUGGUGUCCUGGCUGAGCCAUCAUUUCCUGCACCACUUCAACCCCAACUGGGCAUGGUGUCUCAUGCUGGAAAAUCAACAAAUCCGUUUGACAUGGCAUUUGAGUCUGAUGUUGAAGCCAUCGACAUGUUUAUGGAUUUGACCUCACUACAAGCAACAUUGCCGGAUACUCAUCUUCCCGCAGAAUACUCCAUCAACUUAGCAGAGCCAUGGAUGUCUCAGAAUUCUACCGUGCCAUAUAUUCCUUCUGCAUCUCAGGGUAAUCCGCCUCUUCAUGCCAAAUUGAUCGUCAAGCAGAAGUACACAACUACCGGUGGCGGCGCCAAUCCUCCUAGCAGUGGCGACAACAAUGCUCCUGGAGGCGUCGGGGACUGCGCGAUAGGCUGGGGGAGAUGGAGGGCGACUACGCUGCGAGGGCAACCAAGGAGCGGCUUCAAAUGGCCGGCACAGGGGUUGCAACAUCCUCCUCUUCCACAGCCGACCAGCCCCCAUCCUUGUCUCCGCCCUAGCCGCCCCUCCCAGGCCCGACCAUCAUGUGAUCUGCGCCGGCCGAAGCAAGCUGAUCGACAGCGACCUCAAGCACAGGUCUGUGAUCUAAUUGAUGUUUCUCUUAAUUUGUCACAGGUAAACCAAACUAAUAACAAAUCAGAUGGCAUCUCUCAUGUUGCCUCUGAAAAUGGUGUGAGGAAUAAUGCAGCAGAUCAGAAAUCCCGAUUUAACCCUGGAAGAGAUGGUAAGGAUGGAAGGCAGUUUGGUCCAUCUGGUGGAAGAGGGAGAGGAGAUAGUAGGGGUGGAGGGCAAUUCAAUCCAUCUGGUGGAAGGGGGAGAGGAGAUAGUAGGGGUGGAGGGCAAUUCAGUCCAUCUGGUGGAAGGGGAAGAGGAGAUGGUAGGGAUGGACGGUUUAGCCCAUCUGGUGGCAGGGGGAGAGGGAGAAAUUUUAAUCAAGGCCGUGGAAGAGGAAGAAAUGACUGGAGAGAAGGAAAAUGUAAUUUUACAAGUAGUGACAGUCCAAUAUCAGGAGAUUGUCACAUUGACAGCCCAGCAUCUGAAGGAGUUCGAAAGCGCCCUCCUAUCAUUUAUGACAAAAAAGAAGUUAAACAGUGGGUUCAAGCACGCAAGAAAAACUACCCUACAAGUGCCAACAUAAACAAGAAGUUGUGUCAGAGUCAAUUGGAUGAGCAAAAGAAAGAUGAAGAGGCCCAAAUGCGCCGCCGGGAACUCAAGGAAGUUAUAGCAAAGCAGAAGGAAUUGGGUUUGGAACUCCCUGAACUACCACCUGGCUAUCUGUCUGACACUGAGGGUCAACCCAGGGGACGUCAAGGCAAUGAAAAGGAAAGUAAUUGGAAGACUCGACAGGGGGGUGGUCGUUUUGGAAACCGAGGGCGUGGCCGUGGUCGGGGCCGUGGCCGUGACAAUAAGCGACAGAGGUCCGACGACAGAGAAGAUUUUCAGUCUAAAAGACCGAGGGAGAGGAACAACAAUAGUCGUCGUCAUGAUGGUGGUGCGAUGACCAAGAGUAGGGAACCAACCCUCUUGCAGAAGCUUCUUAACUCUGAUAUCAAGAGGGACAGGCACAGGCUUCUGCACACGUUCAAAUUCAUGGCCUUGAACAAUUUCUUCAAGGACUGGCCUGCUAAGCCGCUGGAGUUCCCUAUUGUCAAGGUGGACCAGAUAGAGCUUGGAAGUGAUAUUGACGAGGAGGACUCAGAUGAUGACUUGCCGGAUGCCGAGACGGCCAAGGACUGCAGCCUCGGUUUGAAGGAAAACGGUGAUCAGCCGGAAUCGAGCUCCAGCGAUGAGGAGGAUGAAAGUGAGGACGGCGACGAAGCUGACGACAAGGGUGCUGAUACUGAAAUAACCGAAAAGGUUUCAGAUGAGGAUUCCGACGCAGAGCAAUGCGAAGAAGGUUUCUCAGAUUUCUCAGCCUGAGUUUCUUGACUAGAACCCAAGUAUGUGACCGUGUUUUGCAUGUAUAGUUACAGAAUAUUUGUAAGCCUUCUCACAACUUUAUCCUGUUGCCGUGAGCUAUGAUUUCGUUGUAAUGCUUCUGAAUGGUAAAAUGAUAUCGUUGUUGCAAGAAACAGCAGGCACAUGUGAUGUACUUGUAAGGGUAUCA